UCCUCCCUUCCCCCACAAUCUUCUGGACUGAGGCCUGAAAAUGUGCUAUGUUUCUUGGGGGAGAGGGAGUGGAGGUGUUUUAUAUGAAGAAAAUCAAAAGCCCCUUCUGAGUUCUUUGAUGGUCUAUAUUUUCUUUAGUGCUCUAGCAGUGAGUUAGGUUAUGGGUUAUGGUUAGUAGAGUCCAACAUGAAUAAGAAAUGAUCAGAUAGGAACUUGGAAGGGAUUCCACUCAUCCAACUAUACCCACACUUUGGGCCCAUGAUAAACUGAGAAUAACCCAGGGGCAAUCGCUUUGGGAUGAAUGACUUCCAGGGAUGAGCUGGGUGCCCUCUCCUGCAAGAAGAAUGGCUCAUUACAAGACAGUACUUCUUAUAGCCAAAUAUCUCAUUUCAAGUUUUCCAGUUCUGGAAAGUAGGGCUAAGUGCUAGGUUCCUAGCUGAAGAUAAGAAGGAAUACAAACAGAGAAACCAAGGAGUUUUUUUGCCUCACGGACAAAAGAACACAGAGGAUUUCUUUGCAGAGGUGCUAUUCUCCUGCCUCAACUUCCUUUGUAGCAAAGUGGAGUUAGCAUUGCCUUUAGGCACAACUACGAAGGACCUCUAAAUGCAUGCAGGAAAAUCGCAUGGGUCUCUAAAUGCUCAGCCAACUUAGAACCUCAGCCUAUAUAAUUCAAUCGGACUUAGUGAGAAGGGGCUGAAGAGGAACUGGGGUCCCUGCCUGAGAGAUCUUAUCCUUCCUUACCUUCCUUCCUCACCUGAGAGACACACUUGGCACUUUUAGUGGCUGCUAGGUUAAUGUGCUCGUUUACUGAGUAUCCCCCUGAACUCUUGGCCUCCCAAGGCUGCUGGCCGCUGCAGACGCCCUGACAAGUAACAAAUGAAUGUAGGCGGUGGAUUGUUCUGAGCCUUGUCCGCCUUGUCCGGAGGAGGAGAAUCACUGGAGUCUACCUGAGAGGAUUUAUUCUUGUCCUACAGAGGGGAACUCUGGACCGGGAGAACCGGGGACAGCCAUGGAAGGAAGUCUCAGCGCUUUGACAUACUGCCUAAAGGUUGUAGGGCAAGAGGGUGUCUCCCCCAAAACAGGCUGACCCUCCUCCAUCCGCAACGCAUGGACUAUAAUAGGAUGAAUUCCUUCUUGGAAUAUGCACUCUGUAACCGGGGUCCUGGAGCCUACAGCUCCCCUACCUCUUACCCUCCCUGCUCAAAUUCUCCUGGUGACAGCUAUGGUGGAGAAACUCGCUAUGGAGGGGGUCUCCCCAGCCCUGUCCUGCAGCAGAAUCCAGGCUACCCCACACAGCCUCCAUCAGCAUUGGGGGCCCCCUUCCCCAGCUCUUCACCCUCGGGGUACACCGCACCCACCUGCAGCCCCAGCUAUGGCCCCUCCCAGUAUUACUCUUUGGGCCAACACGACGGGGACGGGGGUUACUUUCAGCAGGCAGGGUAUGGGGGCCAGUUGGGGGGUUUAUCGGAGGGCUAUGGCACAGAAGGUACUGGGGCAGGGCCAUAUCCUCCACCUCAGCCCACCUAUGGAACCGAGCAACCAGGGGCCUUUGGGCCGCCGUAUGGGGAUCUCUUAGCGGAGGAUAAAGAACCAUCCUGCCCAUCGGAGCUGAGCACGCCCACCACCCAAACCUUCGAUUGGAUGAAGGUCAAGAGGAACCCUCCAAAGACAGCAAAGGUUUCUGAUAUGGGUCUGGGCCCAGCGGGCGGCAUCCGCACCAAUUUCACAACUCGUCAACUGACCGAGUUGGAAAAGGAGUUCCACUUCAACAAAUACCUCAGUCGGGCCCGACGGGUGGAAAUAGCUGCCACACUGGAACUCAAUGAGACACAGGUCAAAAUUUGGUUCCAGAACCGGAGGAUGAAGCAGAAGAAGCGAGAGAGGGAAGGAGGACUGACCCCUACAGUGCUCCCGGGAUCCAGCAAGGAAACAACGGGCGAUGCCUCCUCUGACCAGUCUGCUUGCACCUCCCCCGAAGCCUCACCCAACUCAGUCACCUCCUGAACUAACCACAGAACACAAGGGAUUGUCUGGCUGGCUUCACUCUCCCCCUCAUCCAGAACCCCCAAAACAUCCCCAUCAGGGUCUUUGCUUCAUGUGGCCCCAGGGCAUUCCCAAUUCUCAAUCCUUGAACACAGGUGGCCCCAUGAUUCUCUGUUGGAGACCUCAAUUGUUCUCUCUGGGGACUUGCGUGUAUGUUUAGGUGCAUAAGAUGCCAGGAUGAGGGCUGACUUGACUGGCAUUCCCAGUCCCUUUCACCUCCACUGCAAGAAAGCUGGAGGCAGCCAGGGAUCCACUUUUACUGGGGGCUCAGAGUCCAUCAGGUGACCUAUUUCUAGUCUCACUGCCCUUUUCUGUUUUCAUUUUCUCUUCUUGCUUCUGUUUCUUAGGAUCAGUGCCUUUGAGCGCCUAGGACUCUCUUUUUCAUUUCUUCUCUCUUCACUUGCAAGAGAGCAAAAUAUUUGUGCAUCCUGGGGCAACUUGGAGCCUGGGUUAGUGCUCUUGUGAGUAUCUCUGAAGUGGACACUGUUAACUUUAGUUGCCUUGUGACAGACCAAAAAAAAAAGAAAGAAA